AUGGGUUGUAGUUUGAACAAGCUGGAGAAACAUGAAGAGAAGCGGCCUGGGAACAUUUACUCAACUCUCAAGAGACCUCAGGUGGAGACAAAGAUAGAUGUGACCUAUGAAUACCGCUUCCUAGAGUUCACCACGCUGACUGCCGCUGAGCUUCCACGGACCUCGGCUGUGAGGUUAGCUUCUCUACAGGACCUGCCUGCCCAGCUCCUGGAGCUGUACCAGCAAGGCUUCUCAUUGGCUGCCCUGCACCCCUUUGUGCAGCCCGUGAACAGGCAGGAGAAGAUAUUCCUCGAGCACAUCUUUAGGGCCAUCCUGGUCAAGAAAACCAACAGGUCUCAGAAGACCGAGCUUCACAAUGAAGGCUACAUCUUGGAACUGGAUGACUGCUCCUCCUUAGAACACCUGGCAGCCCAGAAGCUUGUCCCAGAGUUCAUUAAGAAGGUACAGGAGGCUGCAAGUCGGGGCUUGAAGUUCGUCUGUGUGGUGCCUCAGUACCAGUCCUCUGUGAACUCUGCAGGCAGCAGCCGUUCAGUGCCAGUUGCCAACAGAGUUACAGAUGCCAGGGAUGUGAAGCACCAUUUUGGGGACCAUGCAUCCUUGGAAAAUGAUAGCCCAAAGGCUGCAGAUGUGGAUACUGCCAUCGUGGGAGUGAACCUAACAACCCUGGGCUGUGAACCCAGCCCAGGCUCCACAGCGGAGGUGCAAAGUACCCAGCAGCCUGGCAUUCCCACUCCCUCAGAAGAGGCAGAGGCUGGCGAGUUUCCACUGCGGGAGUCGAGCCCAACACUGGAUGGACCGGAGGGUGACCCAUCAAAUGGACAUGAAGAGCUGCUCUCAAGGAAAAUGGAGAUCUUCGCCUUUUUCAACAGACCGAAGAGCCAGCAGAAGUGUCGGCAGUACUAUCCCAUCACCAUCCCCCUCCAGGUCUCCAAGAACGGCCAGACAGUGAGCAGUCUGGACGCCAGCUGGCUGGAGCACAUGAGUGACCAUUUCCGGAAAGGCGGUGUGCUGGUGAACGCCAUCUUCCACCUUGCCAUGGCCAAUGACUCCUUCUAUGGCCUGACAGAUGGAGUAUUCAUCUUUGAAGCUGUUUCCCCAGAAGAUAACAAAACCACACAGGGCUACGACGCUAUUGUUGUGGAACAAUGGACAGUCCUGGAAGGUGCAGAGGUGCAAACAGACUACAUCCCCCUGCUGAACUCACUGGCGGCCUACGGAUGGCAGCUCACCUGUGUGCUGCCAACUCCCAUACUCAAGACUAGCAGGGAAGGGAAUGUGUCCACCAAGCAGAUUGUGUUUCUUCAGAGACCAUGUCUACCUCAGAAAACCAAGAAGAGGGAAUCGAAGUUCCAGUGGCGAUUCUCCCGGGAAGAGACACAAAGCAGGCAAACGAGGAAAUCCAAAGGUAAACGCAGUACCAGAGACAAGCAGCAAGCAGAGGAGAAUGAGAAGAAUCUAGAAGACCAGUUUCCCAAGGCUGGAGAUGUAGGAAACUGUGUGCUGGGGACACAGCAGUGGGGCAGAGCCUCUGAGGUCAGGGAGCAAAGGCAGAGCUUGGGGGCUGUGCAGAAUGGCCCUGCUGGCCACAACAGGGACUCGGUGGCCCCCAGGCACUCAAAUCCCAGAGUGGAAGAUGGGCUUGCUUUGGGGGCUGCUCCAGCAGAGGCAAAUUGA